AAACAAUGGGAGCAAGCAAAGAAGCUAUUGUGACACAACCCAAUAUGGAUAUUUUAAUGGACUCAAACACUGAACCCAAUCGCCCCCAAAAAGACGAAAAUGGAGAUUUGCAUAUGGAAAAUCCUACCGAAGUUUUCAACAGACUAAUAACAAAGGUAAAAAAUAGUCCCCAUGAAAUGGCCUUAUUGAAGAUACUGCAGCAUUUAUUGCAUUAUGAUUCUAAUAAUUCGGAAACGGGCAAAAUGUGGAGUGAAAUAGAUGAUAUUCUACAAAAGUCUGUGCAGCCAAAAUCCCAAGGGAUCUUAGGCCAGAAACUAAAGGAACCAUCACAAAAUGAGCGUGUGAAAGCUAAGCGAACAGACUUGAAUAAAACAUCCACAAAUACACUACCACCUCCACCGCCACCACCUCUUUUGGGCAAUUCGCCAGGAAGUAAUCGCUAUAAGGGGGGAACAGAUAAAAUAGCAGGUAUUUUGCCACAACAAGAUCUUCCGAUUCCAAAGAAGAGAAUGCGAACCAUGUAUUGGGAAUCCAUACCACCGCACGAAAUUCUUGGCAAUAAAAAUAUUUGGACCAAUUUAGCCAAUAGUAACAGAAAGACUUUUCGAAAUGUAAUCGACUGGCAAGAGACCGAAACAUUGUUUUGUCUCCCAACAACAAGCACCCUUGAGCCAACGAUGAGGCGAGCGGCUAAGAUCAAAUUGCUAAAUGCUCAACGUUCUUUUAACGUUGAUAUAUUCCUGGAACAGUUCAAAGGGUUUAAAUCCGAUGAUGCAAUCGUUGAGCUUGUGUUAUUGGCAAAAAAUGAACUAAUGGGCGCAGAAAAAAUUAGACGUCUGGUAAAAUUGCUACCAAACACCGAAGAAGUUGCGACACUGAAAAACUACGACGGUAAUCGGAAACAUUUGGCUCGUGCAGAGAAAUUUUUGCUUCAACUGAUUGAAAUUCCCCACUAUCAACUCCGGCUAGAAUGCAUGUCGCUGAAGGAAGACUUUAAUGAACAUUUGGAACAAUUAAAUGAGUCAAUAAAGCUCAUUCUGCAAGCUGGUAGUGAACUAUUAAAUAAUAAAAACCUACACGAGAUCUUGUUCAUAAUUGUUCUUGUGGGGAACUAUCUGAAUUCAGGCAAAUUUUCCGGAAACGCAAUAGGCAUUCGAAUUUCAUCGUUAGGCAAACUCACACAAACCCGAUCUAAUCUAAACAACUUGCACAUCUUACAUUUCAUAGUGAGUCAAAUAAAAGUGCAAGCCCCAUAUUUGAUUAAUAUCCCCAAUGGUCUAAAAGCUGUGCACAAGGCUGCCAAACUUAAUAUCGAACAAGUGAUGAUCGAUGCAAAAAACAUGUGUAUUCGCGUGCGUAAUGUGAAAACUCAAAUCGAAUUGCUCCCCUUGGACUCAGACAUAAGGCAGAAGAUGGGAAAAUUUCUAACAAAUGCCAAAGAUGAAAAUGAAAAUUUAAAAGCUUUUCUAAACGAAGUGGAAACUAUGCGUUGCCGUUUAUCUGAAUUCUUCUGUGAAAAUCCCACCAAGUUUAAACUAAGAGACUGUUUUGAGGCAUUCGCAACCUUUGCUGAGGAUUUUAAACGAUCUAUCGAUGAACUUUCCGAAUUAGAAACGAAGGUAUUGAGGAUUCAGAGACAAGCAGAUGAAGACAAAAAAACUAGAAAUCUUAUGACUAACGUUUCGACUUCCAUUUCUGAUGUAAAAGGAGAUACUUCACGAUUGUUGGAGGAGACUCCACGUAACGCAAAAGCAGAUCUGUUAAAACGUGUGUUUUCCGAGAAGCGAAAAUCAGAGAUGGAACAACCAUUGGCAACAAAUAUAGCGAAAAAAAUAAAAAAUUUUGGAAGAAAAAAUAAUAGUCAACCAACAGGAGUUGAAAAUCAGAGAUCCUUAACAAAUACAACUAUGCCAAAAAUUGAAAAAAUUGGAGUUCGCUUGGUUGACAUAAAUGAAGUAAGUCUUCAGAAUGCCAUAACGAAAUUAAAACCCACCCGCAAAAGUCUGUGGGAUGUUCCACGCGAAAAGCUUUUAAAAAACAAUUUAAAUAACAGAAUAAACUCAACGAAUACAGAUCCUUCAAGAACGAUAGAGAAAAACGGAAAUACGACAUCACGAUUACCUUCAUCCUCUCAUGAUGACAUUACAGAUGACGAUGCAAAAUCUGAAAGGGGACCUAAAGCAGCAUCAAAACAGUUUUUCUCUUCGGUUAUGAGAAAACUGAGUUUUUUUCCAAAGAAAAAGUCUCGCAAAUAAUUUCGCCAAGUUUUGUAAUACUAGUCAUUGUUUAAACUUUAUAACAUAUCCAUUAAAUUAAAAUAUACGAAAUAAAUAUAUUGUACAAACGAACCGUUGAUGCUACGAUAA